AUGGGUAACAAUACAUCACAAGCUUCAAAGCAUAAGACUCCAUCAUUGAUAAUCACUCACAUGGGUGAUUCAAAGGUACCAAGAACCACAUCGUUAAAAACGAUUCCAUUAUCAUUAGGUGCAGCGUCUCUUUCGUGUUUAGCUGCUGAACACAAUCAAAUACACGAUCAAGAGUCACUCAAUGCUUGGCGAACAAAAGCAUUGCAUACUGUCGAUGAAUUUUUCGAGCAAAAAGCAUCUCAUUUAAGACACGAAGCACAUGUCAGUGCACUCCUAGGUCAAUUAAGAGCGAUAAUCGACGAAGAAAUACCUCGUCAAACAAAUGGAUAUCUUAUGGAUAAUUAUCAGCUACAAGAAAUUCCACCGAUUACAAAUGAUAUGAAAGAAUAA